ACUUUUACUUUUGUCUCUUUUUCUCCCUUUCCAUUUCAUACUGAUGAUGAUGAAGACAAUAAUCUUAAUAUAUAUAUACACCUAUACAUACAUUUCUUCAUUUCUCUCCUCUCAUCUCAAAUAUCCCAUUAUAUACACACACUUUUCUACCCCUUUAUACACUUACACACACACAAAUCUAUUUUAUUUAUUCAUACAGAUUGUUUGACUGAGAGGAUAUUAAUUCUUUUGAUUCUUUUUGGAGAAAAAGCGCGGCCCAGAUGGAUUUUUCAGUUAAAAACGAGUUGCUGAUUGUUAUGAUUGGUGUAGUAUUGAUGUGGAAAAGUGUGGGAGCUUUUGGGACAUUUGGGUAUGAUAUUCAUCAUAGAUACUCUGAUUCUGUGAGAGGGAUUCUUGAUUUUGAUGGCUUGCCGGAGAAGGGUAGUUAUGGUUAUUAUGCCGCCAUGGCUCACCGUGAUUCCGUGGCUCGCCGGAGACACUUGGCGGAUGCUGAUGCUGCAUCUUUGCUUAGCUUUGCUGAUGGGAAUGAGACUUAUCGUUUGAGUUCUCUCGGAUUCUUGCAUUAUGCAAAUGUCUCCAUAGGUACACCAAGUGUAUGGUUUUUGGUGGCACUUGACACUGGAAGUGACCUGUUCUGGUUACCCUGUGAUUGUGUUAGCUGUGUUCGUGAUUUGAAGACUAGUUCCGGACGACAAAUCCAGUUCAAUAUCUACAGCCCUAAUAUAUCCUCAACUAGCACAUCAGUUCUUUGUGACAAUGACCUUUGUCAACUAAAGAGCAGAUGCUCUGCUGCAAGUAAUACUUGUCCGUACCGAGUUCGAUACCUUUCGAGCAAUACAUCAUCUACCGGAUUCUUGGUGGGAGAUGUUUUGCACUUAAAUACAGACAAUAAUCAACAGAAAGCUAUUGAGGCAAAUAUUAAAUUCGGCUGUGGGACGACUCAAACUGGUUCAUUUUUGGAUGGUGCGGCUCCCAAUGGUCUAUUUGGACUCGGUAUGGAGAAGGUAUCGGUUCCUAGCAUUUUAGCUAGUGAAGGGCUUGCUGCAGAUUCUUUCUCCAUGUGUUUUGGACCAGAUGGAGCUGGAAGAAUCAAAUUUGGUGAUAAAGGCAGCUCGGAUCAGUCAGAAACACCAUUUAAUAUUGACCAAUUAAAUCCCACUUAUAAUAUCAGCAUCACACAUAUAAGUGUGGAGGAAAAGGUUACAGAUGUUAAUCUUGCUGCAAUUUUUGAUUCCGGUACCUCGUUUACAUACUUGACCGACCCAGCAUACACAAUAAUAUCUGAGAAUUUUAAUUCCAUUGCCCAAGAGAAACGGGUAUCGCCUAAUUCCGAUCUUCCUUUUGAAUAUUGCUAUGUAUUAAGUCCAAACCAAGAUAGCUUCAGGGUUGCGAAUGUGAAUCUUACAACCAAAGGAGGCGAACAGAUCUUUGUGAAUGAUCCAGUAGUGUAUAUUUCUACACAGGAAGGUGCACUUGUAUAUUGUUUAGGUCUUGUCAAGAGCGAGGAUAUAGACAUCAUUGGACAAAAUUUCAUGACUGGGUACAAUUUUGUAUUUGAUCGUGAAAAAAAGGUUUUGGGUUGGAAGGCAUCCGAUUGUUAUGAUGGCAAUACCUCAGCUUCCCUUCCCAUUAACCCCUCGAAAGGUGCACCUCCACCUGGGAAAACUACUCCCGCAACAAAUCCUCCAGCCAGUGUAGAACCGGAAGCCAAGUCAGGCAACAGAACUGGUUCUCCCAACGCAAGCCCUAUUCAACCCCAACCUACCCUUCCAUUUAACCAUUCUGCUCGCUCAAGUUCACUGGGGCACACACUUCUGAUCGUUUUUUGUUCUUUGAUUGCUCAUUGUUUGACCAUUCUGUUUUUCUAAAUUUUGGAUACAAGUAUAAUUUAUUUUCAUUGUCUUGUAUUAGUCCAGUACAUUUAUACAAACCUACCUAUGGUGAGGCUAGUUAUGACUUGUGAGACUCGGUUUGUAAAUAUACAUGAAUAUUAUUACCACUGCUUAUACAUAGUAUAGUUGUCAGCUUGAUUUGUGA